UUAUUAAUUCAGACAGUGUCACAGAUAUUAGUUUCCAAAAUAUCUGUGAACUAGAAGGUGAUUUGAAUAUAAACAUACAUGAAAUUACUAAACUGGUCCAAGAAGGCUCAUUUAAAGUUAAUGAAGACCCAGAACUAUAUUAUUUUAAUAUACGCCGGAGGAUGAUAUUGAUCA